GCCUUCUGGAAUGCUCCACAUCUUGAGCUUCCUUGCAUUUCCUUACUAAACCACUAGAACAAAUCACUCUUCAUCUCUCCCGCCUACAUCGCUAAACCCUCGUCGGCGCAGUCAAUCGAGGUAAGCGAAGGGAAUCAGCCAUGGCGUUGAUCUCCGAGUACGAGGAAGAAGAGAGCGGGACGAAGCCCUCGUCGUCGGCUGCCUCCUCGCCGCCUGCGCAGCCUUCGACUUUCACGGCCACUUUCGAUCCCAGCAAUCCGCUAGGGAUCGUGGAGAAACUCUUCGACUUCCUGGCCGCGGAGAGCGACUACCUCUCCAAGGACGCGGCGGAGAAGGAGAUCGCGGCGGUGGUGAAGGCUGCCAAGGAGAAGCGAAAAAGGAAGGAGGAGGCGGCGGAAAGAGAGAAGGCGGCCGCCGCUGCUAAGGCUGCCGAGAGCAACAAGAGAUUGAAGGAGGAAGAGAAAGAGAAGAAGAAGAAGCCCGAGAAGGAGGAAGAGAAGGGCGCCAGAGCUUCGACAGUCCCAAAUAAGGGCAAUGGACUUGAUCUGGACAACUACUCAUGGACUCAGACUCUGCAAGAGGUUACCGUGCUGGUUCCCGUUCCUCAUGGGACUAAGUCAAGAUUCGUAGUCUGUGACAUAAAGAAGAACCACCUGAAAAUCGGACUCAAGGGUCAGCCUCCAAUUCUUGAGGGGGAACUCUACAAGCCUAUCAAGGUUGAUGAUUGUUACUGGAGCAUAGGUCUGGUGUCUACAGAGGAUCAGAACACUAUCUCAGUUCUGUUGACCAAGCACGACCAAAUGGAAUGGUGGAAAUCUCUGGUGAAAGGAGGUCCUGAAAUCGAUACACAAAAGGUUGAACCUGAAAACAGCAAGCUUGCUGACCUGGACCCUGAAACACGCCAGACUGUCGAGAAGAUGAUGUUUGAUCAAAGGCAGAAGCAGAUGGGCCGCCCAACCAGCGAUGAGAUUCAGAAACAGGAUAUUCUGAAGAAGUUUAUGGCCGAGCAUCCAGAGAUGGAUUUCUCAAGGGCAAAGAUCAACUAACUUUUUUGAAGGCUGAUGAGCACACGGGACGUUGUGGUUUUGGGUUAGAUCGAAUCUCCCUGCUUCGAGUGUCUGUGGAUGGAGGUGUAAGUUGGUGGAACUAGUUUUGGUUAGUAUGAGUGGAAACCUCUUCCAAAGAGGGAUGUCUGGAUUUGGUUAGUUUAUAGCCUUCUGCAUGGAUCGGAGUGUUCUGGACUCGAGACGUUUGUGAUUCACAAGCAGUUAUUGCAACAUUGUCCUUUUUUGGUGUGCGAAACUCAAAAAUCAAAUGCUGAAGAUGGGUAUUAUAUUGAUGGAGAAGGGCUUUUUACACCAAGAGAUGUGCAAUUGCAGACCAACAACACUGUUCGCAGUGAUCUUUGUUUUCACCAUGAGCUGGAAAAUUAGAAUUUUGCUUUACAAUGUAUGCAAAGACUUAGGAGUGGUGAUUGCUCUUGCUAUUCAGUAUUCACAUUGUUCUUAAUAUUCGAGAUUUUGUGUUUAGCCGAUGAAGAAGGAUGUAUGCACUAAAAUUUUG